UAAUCUAAAAUCGGCGCUGUACCAUAAAUCCUUAGCCAGGUACCAUAUUAACUGUGGAAGCCAUGGUUUUGUCGGUGACACCAAGCCCACCUUCGUAUGUUCUUCCCUUCACCAUCAACGAUGGCAACGCGAGCUUUAACCAUCGUCGUCGUUUGCUUCACUACUUGGGCCAAGCCACGUCCAUCUCUCAGCUCAAGCAAAUUCACGCCCAAGCCCUCCGUACACCACCGUCCAGUGACUACCACGCCUUGUUUCUCUACAGUCGAAUCCUUCACUCCGCGGCCUCGCUUGACCUCGACUACGCUUCUCGAAUCUUCGACCAAAUUGGCAACCCCAAUUCGUUCAUUUGGAACACUCUAAUUCGGGCUUUUGCUCGUAGCACUCACCGCAAAGAAGAAGCUAUCAUAGCUUUCCGUGACAUGUUGAGCGAUGGAAGCGUGGCGCCUGACAAUCACACCUUUCCCUUCGUUCUCAAGGCCUGCGCUUAUCUGUUCGCCUUCUCCGAAGGGAGACAAAUGCACGCCCAGGUUCUGAAACUCGGGCUUGAUUCGGAUGUGUAUGCGAGCAACAGUUUGAUUCACUUUUACGGGACGUGCGGGCAGUUGGACAGUGCACGCGACGUGUUCGACAAAAUGACUGAGAGAAGUGUGGUGUCUUGGAAUGUUAUGAUUGAUGCCCUUGUCCAGUUGGGGGAAUUCGAGACUGCGUUGCAGCUAUUUGCAGAAAUGCAGAGCGAGUUUAACCCAGAUGCGUAUUCGCUGCAGAGCGUAGUAAAUGCUUGUGCCGGUUUGGGAGAUUUGACUUUGGGGACGUGGGCUCAUGCUUACGCUUUGAGAAGAUGUGAUGCUGAUGUUGCUGAAGAUGAAGAUGACUAUGUCUUGCUGAACUCUUCUUUGGUGGACAUGUAUUGCAAAUGUGGAUCACUGGACAUGGCUAAGCAGGUGUUUGAGAGAAUGCCCAAACAUGAUGUGAAUUCAUGGAAUUCAAUGAUUCUAGGAUUAGCAAUGCAUGGGCAAGCAGAAGUGGCAUUAGAAUACUUCGCCCACAUGGUUGCUGAAGACCUGCUGCCUAAUUCUGUCACAUUCGUCGGUGUUUUAAGCGCAUGCAACCAUAGAGGUAUGGUUACUGAGGGUCGAAAGUACUUUGACGCAAUGAUCAGGGAUUUCAAGAUUGAACCCGUGUUAGAGCACUAUGGUUGCCUAGUCGAUCUCCUGGCUCGUGCUGGCUUUCUGGAAGAGGCGUUGACCCUUGUGUCAACCAUGCCUAUGAAACCGGAUGUGGUGAUAUGGCGGAGUCUUCUUGACGCUUGUUGCAAGAAAAAUGCAGGGGUGGAGCUGAGUGAAGAAGUUGCUAGGCAAGUAAUUGAGUCGGAGGGGGGAGAAUGUAGUGGUGUUUAUGUGCUAUUGUCUAGGGUGUAUGCUUCAGCUAGUAGGUGGGAUGAGGUAGGCCUGGUAAGGAAAUUGAUGACCGAGAAAGGUGUGACGAAAGAGCCAGGCUGCAGUUCAAUACAGGUCAAUGGCAUUGCUCACGAAUUCUUUGCUGGAGACACUUCCCACCCUCAUACCAAAGAAAUUUACGAGCUUUUGGAUGAGAUAGAGGAAAGACUCAAGUCGACAGGAUAUGUACCUGACUUCUCGCAAGCUCCUCUGGUUCAUGAGCCUGAUCAGGGUAAAACACAGUCAUUGAGGCUCCAUAGUGAGAGACUUGCCAUAGCUUUUGGGCUUCUGAAUUCAAAGCCUGGAGUCCCUAUACGCGUGUUUAAGAAUCUUCGAGUCUGCAAUGACUGUCACAACGUGACAAAAUUGAUCUCCUGUAUCUAUAAUGUAGAGAUUAUUGUUAGAGAUCGAGCUCGAUUCCAUCACUUCAAGCAUGGCUCAUGCUCGUGCAUGGAUUAUUGGUGACAUUUGCUCGUUAAAGCAGAUCAUCCCGCAUGCUAUGUUCAUAAUAUUAUAGUUAUCUGUAGGUAAGAAUAUACGCAACAUAGCCUAUUUUUUCUUGGGAAAAGACAUCUUUUCCACCCAAUUUUCCAUGUGUAGUGUUUGAUAGCAAAAUUUUUUCAA